AUGGCGGAGCGGAGCCAGACGGCGCCUGAGGCAGGCAGUGACAUGGGAAAUGAUGAUGCCAUCGGAGGGAAUGUGAGCAAAUAUCUGGUGCUUCCAACUGGAUACUGUGGACAGCCCAAGAAAGGACAUCUUAUCUUUGAUGCUUGCUUUGAAAGUGGUAACCUUGGACGGGUGGACCAGGUCUCUGAGUUUGAGUAUGAUUUAUUCAUUAGGCCGGACACCUGUAAUCCUCGCUUCCGAGUCUGGUUCAACUUUACUGUUGAAAAUGUGAAAGAAUCACAGAGAGUCAUUUUCAACAUUGUUAACUUCAGCAAAACUAAAAGUCUUUAUAGAGAUGGGAUGGCCCCUAUGGUGAAAUCUACCAGCAGACCAAAAUGGCAAAGACUGCCGCCCAAAAAUGUCUACUACUACCGCUGCCCAGACCAUAGGAAGAAUUAUGUGAUGUCCUUUGCAUUUUGUUUUGACCGAGAAGAAGAUAUUUACCAAUUUGCUUACUGCUACCCUUAUACGUACACUCGCUUUCAGCAUUACCUUGACAGCCUGCAAAAGAGAAACAUGGAUUACUUCUUCCGGGAGCAGCUGGGUCAGAGUGUGCAACAGCGGCAGCUUGAUCUCCUGACGAUAACCAGCCCCGACAACCUUCGGGAGGGGGCAGAGCAGAAGGUGGUAUUCAUCACAGGACGAGUCCACCCAGGGGAAACACCCUCUUCAUUUGUGUGUCAAGGGAUCAUUGACUUCCUCAUAAGCCAGCACCCUAUUGCUCGUGUCCUACGGGAACACCUGGUCUUCAAGAUUGCACCCAUGCUCAAUCCUGAUGGUGUCUACCUGGGCAAUUACAGGUGCUCUCUGAUGGGGUUCGACCUGAACCGCCACUGGCUGGAUCCCUCUCCGUGGGCCCACCCCACCCUGCAUGGGGUGAAACAGCUCAUCAUUCAGAUGUACAACGACCCCAAAACAAGCCUGGAGUUUUAUAUUGACAUCCACGCCCACUCCACCAUGAUGAAUGGUUUCAUGUAUGGCAACAUCUUUGAGGAUGAAGAGCGGUUCCAGAGGCAGGCGGUUUUCCCCAAGCUCCUCUGCCAGAACGCUGAGGACUUCUCCUACUCCAGCACGUCCUUUAAUCGGGAUGCUGUGAAGGCAGGAACUGGCCGUCGCUUCCUCGGCGGGCUGCUGGACCACACUUCUUAUUGCUACACCCUCGAGGUUUCCUUCUACAGCUACAUCAUCGGUGGCACCACAGCUGCUGUGCCCUACACAGAAGAAGCCUAUAUGAAGCUGGGGCGGAAUGUGGCGAGAACAUUUUUGGAUUAUUACCGGCUGAACCCCAUGGUCGAGAAAGUGGCGAUCCCCAUGCCAAGGCUGAGGAAAGGAAAACCCCCUUCCUACAAGCACCCAAUCCUGCGGGGCCCGGCCAGCAACCACCCCAACGGCAAAGGGGACAAGAAGAGCUCAGUGAACCACAAAGACCCUUCAAACUCUUUUUAAGGAUGUGGAGUCCAGGGAGGUCUUGUGGUGACAAGAGCAUGCGUUUUCUGCUGGGCCAUGAAAUUAAUCACCCUAUUCUAGUUUCCAAGAUAAUGACUGUGAGAAAACGUAUAAGCUAGUGAAAGGGAAGGAAAAAGAAUGAGAAAUUUCAUCAUUGAUUUUCCUUUUUACCAUUUGAAAAUCAAUUGUGAGCCUUCAGCUUAAGGCUCAGGAACAAAAUAGAAGACUCAGACCAGAUGAGUACAGCUGCUAAUUUCCACAACACAGACACCCUCACGGGAAGAGAAAAACCCACAUCCCUUCUCUAGUCAGUGCCUUCCAGCCCCUUCACUGUUCGAAGUUGUGCAGUUACUACAGGUGGCUACCUUUUAGGCCACGGUUGUUUACUGUUUUAGAAAUGCAGUAUCCAUAUUUGCUGACCCAAAACAAUACCAUCAACGCAUACAAAGCAAAAGACAAAUGCACCUUUGGGAACAGUGGGUCAGAAUUUUUGAGGUCACGAUGGUCUUAGACAUACAGUCACUUUAUCUAUGAGCUGCAUGCUCCCUGACUGCCCUAAACCCCAGCAUGCAACUUCAGAGAACUGCCCUGAGAGCUAUGUCCCAAUGACCUAGGUAGUUUCGUUGCAACUUUAGCUCCUAAAACAAAAAGUAUUAACUGCACAUUCCAGAAGGUCUCUCUCAUGGUUAAGAUCUCUAGAUCCUAGGAUCUGAGAUCCAAACUGACCACUGAAGAAGAGGAUAUGAAAAAUCUGCCAUAGAGGGGAGGAGGCUGACUGCCAGAGAUAGAAGAUGCAAAAGACAAAAGGAUGCACUCCAAGGCAGGUGGGGUUGGUAAAGUAAAACAACAACAGUGGCAAUUCCCAAGGCAGGGCAAGCUCAGUAUUGUGCAUUUUUCUACAGAGUAAAGUGCCUUUGCAUGAUGAAUGGGUCCAGGGGAGUCGGCUCACUUCCUGUCUGUGAAGCAGCAGGCUGAGUCACCACGACAGCCUGCUAAUUAAAAUGACCUCCUGGAAAUGAGGAUUAGGAGAUAGGGAGAGGAAGGGAGGCUCCGGGGAGAUAGGGCCUUUAGCACAAAGCUUCAGUUUAGCAUUCUUUUGCUUUGGAUUGAAGAUUUUCAAAGUAUGUUAAAAAUUGAGAGCAAAGCUUAUUCUCCCUUUGCUUAUUGCUUUUCAGAAAUGAUUAAAAAAAAAAAAACAACCCAUAUGUUAGUUGGCUACAAAUGUUGUGUUGUAUAUACAGCUUCUCCCCUGGGUUCUUGUUGCCCAAAGGAAC